AUGAGUCUCACCCAGCUACAGUCCGAACGCGCCGACUAUGAGCGCAAUCUUGUCGAAGUCGAGCAGAUGCUCGCCGAGGUGCCUGACCUGGAGGAUGCCCUCGCCAUGAAAGCAGAGAUUGUCGGUCUGCUUCAAGACGUCGACAGCAGAAUCGCCGCACUAAACCCUGAACCUUCCGCCAGCAAACCAGAAGCAGCCUCGUCCAGCGAGAAAUGGAGCAAAGAGAAUCACCCGGCAUACCGCAAGCAGCCGGCGACCACUGCGCCGGCAGUUGAAGAGAAGAAAGCCCCUGUUUCGUUCAAGGUCAACGAUACAGUGCUGGCAAAAUACGCAGGCGACAAGCAGUUUUACGAAGCCCGCAUCAUCUCUGUCACCGGCUCUUCGGCCGCCCCGAUCUACACUGUCAACUUCAAGGGCUACACGGGCUCAGAAACCCUACGACAAGAACAUCUGCGCCCUCUCCCCUCGGCGGCGCCUUCAACCUCUCAGAAGCGCAAGGCUGAUGGCUCUCCUGCAGUCUCCAUUCCGUCCACGCCUACAGUCAGCACUCCUAUUCCUGGCGUCAUCUCUGCCGAGGCCAACAUCAAUCCUGCCCUAGCAAGCGCCGCAAAGAAGGAUCAGAUCAAGCCGCUUGACAGCGACAGAAAGCCCCCGAAGAAGGUGAAGACCUCCAAGGCACUUGAGAGCAGUAAGAGUAAUUGGAAGUCCUGGCAAUCCAAAGCCUCUACCGGUAAAGCCGCCAAGGUCGUCCAGAAAGAGAGCAUGUUCCGCACUGGUGAAGCUCCUUCCGCCAGAGUGGGCUUCACUGGCUCUGGUCAAACCAUGCGUAAAGAUGCUGAGCGCACUCGCCACAACUACACUCUUGACUGA